UCGUCUCAGUGAGCAGUUCUGCCAAUCAUCUCUACAUAAACCCUUCCUAGCUGACUCUGAACCAACUCUAUAUCUCCUCUCCUUUAAUUACAAAGCAAUUGGGAACAAAUGGGUGCAAAUGAUAAAAAACUGCAGAAGAGCUACUUUGAUGUGUUGGGACUAUGCUGUUCCUCUGAGGUUCCGCUGAUAGAAAACAUAUUGAAAUCAGUUGAAGGGGUGAAAGAAGUAUCUGUGAUUGUUCCUACCAGAACCGUCAUUGUUCUUCAUGAUGAUCUCCUUGUUUCUCAGCUUCAAAUCGUAAAGGCUCUAAACCAAGCAAGGCUGGAAGCAAAUGUGAGAGCACAUGGGGAGAUAACGUACCAAAAGAAAUGGCCAAGUCCUUUUGCAAUAGCUUGUGGGUUGCUGCUUUUGAUAUCCCUUUUCGUAUGUGUACCAUCCUUUGCAAUGGGUAGCUGUGGCAGCGGUGCUUGUUGGCAUCGGCCCCGUCCUUUUGAAGGGCUAUGCGGCCAUCACCAAUUUCAGGCUGGAUAUCAAACAUCCUCAUGCUGA